AUGCGUAAGGAAGGCAAAGAUAAGAGAAGUGGCCUCAUCACUAACAUAUGGAAUGUCACCAGUGGUGGGAGUAGGGUAUGUUUUGAACGAGCAGAACGUGAUAGGCACAAGAAGCAUCUAAUAGCGUUGGAUAGUGUGAAGUCGAGUAUCGAUAAUAAGCCCCCAAAGGAGAUGUCGCAUUUGAAGAACAAGAGGAAGGCUAAGUUGAUAAUGGAAGAGAGGAAUGCCGAGAUACAGCUAGAGAAUCGUAUACUACUCGAUAAGAUGCUAAACAUAGAUAAGGAGAGAAAGAGACAAGCACAGCGUACUUGUAACAAAAUGUAUCAUGGAGAGGCAAUAGAAGAGGCUACACAGAGAAGGCAGCAAGAGUAUCGUCAAUGGGGUGGUUUAGCUCAUCAGAAUAAGAAGAUGCUCAAUAGGCUUACGGCGGUACCACCUGCUAUCGUGGAUACUCAGAAGUUAGCAGUAGCAGAACGGGAUCGUGAGGCUAUGAGGGAUCGCUUGAUAUCGGGCUCUAUGAGGAUCUGCCAACUACCAGGAGUGAUACAUCUACAGAUGAGCUUAUUGAGGAGGGUAUAUUGUGAUACACCAGCAUCAUUCGCUCGCUAUGGUAGUAGUAUAAGACAGGGCCUGUCUGGUGCCGUAGCUGACGUUAUUGCCCCGCGGCACGUUGAAGGAGCUGCAUGUAGUACUAUGCUAGAACCACGAGCUCAUACCACACCCAGGCUGGAUAAGGCCAACGAGCCUAAGCUAUCCUUCUUACAGCGAUUGCUACGUUCUCUAUGGAGACUAAUUCAAUUAUUCUUCCGAUUCGGACCAUGCUUGGCCACCUCCCCUAUACUCUUCUUGGGUAUUGGGAAAUGCAACAAUUGGUGGUGGCAAUGGCUCGUUCAUUGUAUUGAGAGUAGCGGUCCUGCCUUUAUUAAACUAGGGCAAUGGGCUGCUACUCGUAGAGAUCUCUUCAAUGAUACCAUAAUAUCAUAUCUAUCACAGCUACAUACCCAAGUACGGCCUCACUCCUAUAGGGAUACAUUACUGCAGCUAGAUGAGUCCUAUGGCCCUGAAUGGCGUACAUGGUUAGAGAUCGAUCCAUCAGUGAUAGGUAGUGGGUGCAUUGCUCAGGUGCAUCGGGGUACACUACUACACAAUGGUCAUCAUGAUGUAGCAGUGAAGGUAUCCCAUCCAGGAUGUCAGGAUAUUAUCAAUAUUGACCUUGGUAUACUCAAAGCUCUGGGACAUGUAGCUGAGCAUCUACCUUUCCUAAGGCAUCUAGGUGUAUCGGACAUGGUAGAGCAGUUCUCUGACUUCCUGUUAUCCCAGACAGACCUAAGACUUGAGGCUGCCAAUAUACAGAGAUUCAAUGAUAACUUCAAGGAUUAUACCGGCUCUAUAAGGUUCCCUACAGUCUACUCGGACCUCACCACUAAAACAGUUCUUAUUGAGUCAUUUGAGUCUGGUGUACCCAUAGGCUCAUUGCUACCUACCAAUGGUCAGGUGAAUGGUGAUGAUGAUGUUAUGAUUGAUGGGAUGAUGGUGUCAAAGAGGGAGAUCUGCAAGAUGGGUGUUAAGGCGUUCCUGCAUAUGCUCUUUAUUGACAACUUUAUACACGGCGAUCUACAUCCAGGCAAUAUCCUAGUACAAGUACCAUCGAUGACUGAUCCCAGUGAUACUAGUGCUGAUAGCCAUGCGGCCGCUGCGGGUACAGUGAGAUUGGUGUUCUUAGACUGUGGUCUGGCUAAUGAGCUCUCUAAUAGAGAUCUUACCAACUUUGUUGAUCUAAUGCAUGCUAUUAUGAUAGGAGAGUCUACUGAGGUUGGCCGUCUUAUGAUAGAUCGCUCGAGAUCACCUCCUAAUACUGUAUACAAGCCCGAUGAGUUUAUAAAGGGGGUGGGGGAGUUGGUGGACUCAGCUCGAGGAGUAUCUUUACAAAGUAUGCAAAUAGGUAUAAUGUUCUCCCAACUACUCGGAUUGGCAUGUAAGCAUUCAAAGUCCGACAACAAGAGAAGAAGCGUCUGGUCUAAACAACAAGAAGCGCAACAACAAGAGUCUACACCAGAAGGAGUGGGACAAGCUUCAUAUGAGGCUGAUGGGAUAGGUGAACAGCAAGAACAGGAGGACGAUGAGGAGUCUGAUGAGGAUGUUGUUGAUAACGAUGAUCAGCGUAAAGGGAGGAGGAGGCCUGGAUUAAUUGCUAAGCUUACUACACCGAUACAGAAGACUACCACCACGACGAGCGAUGUGCACAUACUUCCUACUCCUGUUAUUAAUACACCUGAGGACGGUGUGGGAUCUGUUGAGAUUAAUCACAGCGGUGAAGCAGGGAAGGAUGGUAUUCACAGUGAACAGAAGGAAGGAUCUGUGCUCACUUCUGGUGUGAUAGCACAGGACUUGGGAUCAGCGGAUAAGGCGGAUAUUGUGGUCACCGAAAAAGGGGCUUUCGAUGCCUAUGAUCAUCCCAAUGAUAGCUCUAAGAAUACUGCAACGACCAGUAGCAGUAGGAGCAGUAAUGCUGAGCACAAUAACCACGGGCAGCAUAGGACGCCGCCGAUACAGGGUGGUGAAGUACCCCCUUCACCCCCGGCAGCACGGAAGCCAACUGGCUUGGUGUCGGCUUGGGGUACACGACUACCUGUGGGUAAGUCAGCCACAACACCUCCUGCAUCGGAGGUGGUAGAGCAUGGCUCGAGUACUGAGCAUGGUGCCACCAGCAGUGAUACACAGCGAACAGCGGCACCAGUUGGGGCGGUGGCCAAAGGUGAUCAGGUAGCUGGUACAGUAGCUGUACAUUUUAUGGAGGCAAUGCAGAUCAUUGCUGGUAACAAAUCAUUAUCACCUGAUCUAAAUGUGAAGACAUUGAAGGAAUGGGAGGAUACAGCUGGUGCUCGACCCUUACCACUAUGUCAGGAGCAUCCUGCAUUAAAGCAACCUAGAUAUCGUCCAAUGGGUAUGAAGAAUCCUUCACAGACUAGAGUCUGCUAUCUUAAUGCUAUGAUACAGUCACUGCAGCCUGUAUUCGAGUACUUUGGUGGUCUCGGUAAUCAACAUGAUUCUGCAGAGGCAUUGGAUACCGUAUUGGAUAAACUCCACGAUGAGUGUAAAUGGCGUAGGGAGUGGCCAGUAGAUGAGGGUUGCCUCACUGGACCGGGUGUACUAGAGGAUUCCAUCAUCUAUAGGAUAUUCCGUGGUAUUAAGACAGUACACCAUACCAUGCCUAAUGGCAAAGUUACUAAACAAGUUGAAAGUUUUACCCUUAUAUCCUUACCACCUCCACCAAGGCACCAUCAUCUAUCUGGAUCACGGAACUCCACUAAGAUUGAUCUAGUGGAUCUCCUUAAACGAACGUAUCAUGAGACAUCUCCAUGGGCUCCACCAUCUACUGAAAGUCAUCAUAGUGAAUCAAUGCUACUUGAGCAACUACCACAUGUAUUGUGUAUCGAGGUUAGCCGUCAUGUGACAGAGAGUAUGCAUACUAUGACACAAGUCUCUGUACCCUUCCCAGGGAUACUUAACAUCCCUCCGACUUGCCUUGCAGGUGGGAAGAGCCAUCCUCAAGCUGAUAAGACGUACACUCUAUUGGGGGUCGUAAGCCGUUCCGGACUAGGAGCAACCAGUGGGCACUAUUGGGCGUUCAGUAGGCCCGCCCCGGUAUGCCCCACCACACCACCAUCUAGAACUGCUACUGCUACUGAUGCUGCUACUGGAUUAUCAGCAACACUUGGUGGUACUACUGAGUGUGUGGAUGAGGAUCACUCCGAUAUUGGAGAAGGCAGAGUCGCUACGUCAUCGAUAACUUUUAUUGCUGUUGUCUCGAAUGCUAAGAACCUUGUGCAUAAUUGA